AUGUCAACUGAAUCAUCAAGGGAAGAGAAUGUUUACAAGGCGAAAUUAGCUGAACAAGCUGAACGUUAUGAAGAAAUGGUUGAAUUCAUGGAGAAAGUUGCAAAAACCGUUGAUGUUGAGGAACUCUCUAUCAAAGAGUGGAAUAAUGUGAUGACUAAGGAGGUUGAUGCUCUUGAGGUUAAUAAAACAGGGGAGUUAGUUGAUUUGCCUCCUAACAAAGUAGCCAUUGGUUGUCAAUGGAUUUACAAGACGAAGUACAGUUCUCAUGGUACUAUAGAUCGUUACAAAGCUCGACUUGUUGAUCUUGGCAAUAAUCAGGCCGAGGAGAAGGAUUACAAGGAGACAUUUGCUCCUAUUGUUCAUAUGAAGAUCUAA